AUGGCCAAAAGAAGCAAAACCCAGCUCACCGCGGACAAGGCUCUUGCCGAGGACUUUGAUAGUGACGAAGAACAUUUCGAAGGUGCUAAGCGUGCUUCUGCCGAUGUUCUAGCCUCGCGGCCCAUUGCCAAGCUCAAACCUCGUGUCAAGCCUGCCAAUGGUUUUGCCGCAGCCUCCAAGCCUGCCGGAGCGUUUAGUUUCCUUACUCCUUCUACAGACUCUGAUAAACCUACCCAACCAGAAACAAAGGCCCCAGAAACCAAUGUUGUGAGCGACCAGCCCACCCAGCUGAAGUCCUUGAAUGCACUAUUCUUACAGUCGAUCAACAACUCGGUGGUGAAGAACCCGAUUGCCGAUUUGCGUCCGAUUUUGACCAAGUACCAAGAAUACUACGAUAAGGUGAUUAAUAACAAGAUUGCAGUGAAAAACGCCGAGGUGCCCAAGGUGGACGUUAAAGUGGACGCUGUGAAGAACAGCGAGUUCAAGUUCGGCACCGAGGACACCAAGUCGGACGAGGAAGACGAGGAAGACAAGCCUGUGGAAAUUAAGGGCCCUGCUUUCACGCUGGAUGCCCUGCCAAAAUCCAAGGACUACGGGUUCAAGUUUGGUCGUGCUCCGCCACCAGACUCCGACUCGGACGACGACGUCAAGAUCGAGGGCCCAACAUUCCAGCUGUCCUCAGGAACUCAGAUAAAGGACGAUGUGUUCAAGUUCCCAAAGAAGGACGAACCAGCAGCAAAGCCAACAGAACAGCCAGCAGAGCAGCCAGCCGAGAAACCAGCAUUCACCUUUGGCCAGUCCAAGCCCGCAGAGGCCGCUGUCCCGGCUUUUUCGUUUGGCAAGCCAGCCGAAUCUGCGUUCGCCAAGCCAGCAUUCUCAUUCAACGCUCCGGCCAAAGAGGAGCCAAAGGCCUCUGAGCCCGAGCCCAGCUCCGAAACAGCAUCCGCUCCGACCCCAGCGUUCUCGUUUGGCUCGUCAUCUGCAUUUUCGUUCUCCAAGCCGUCAGAGACCAAGCCUGAGGCUAAGGACGAGUCGCAGCCGGCCAAGCCUGUGUUUUCGUUCUCGGCCCCAUCCAACGGGUUUAAUUUCGGAGCCAGUGCACCUAAGCCAGCGGAGGCCGCCAAUCCGUUUAGUUUCGGGUCCACCCCUGCUGCUGCUGCUGCUGCUCCUGCCACCUCGACGUUCAACUUCAACUUCUCUGCUCCCAAAACCGAGGAGUCCAAGCCCGCAGACACGGACAAGCCAGACGAGGAAGUCGAGCAGAACGACGACGUCAAGGGCGACUUUGCAGUCGUGAAGCUGUCGCAGAAAGUGGACACCAAAACGGGCGAAGAAAACGAGACGGUUGUUUACUCGAAGAAAUCGAAAAUCCUGCAGUUUGAUGCCGCCAACAAGGACGACCCCUACAAGUCGAUUGGGCUGGGCGAGCUGAAGGUGCUCAAGAACACAGAAACAGGAAAGGCGCGGAUUCUGGUGCGUUCGGAGGGAGGCAUGAACGUUAUUCUGAACGUGGCCAUUCUCAAGGACCUCAAGUACGAGCUUAUUGGGAAGGGCAAUUCGAUCAGACUCCCAACGUUCACCGCGGACGGCAAGCUCGAGACAUACAUUGCGCGCGUCAAGACCGCGGACGAUGGAAAAACGUUACUGGAAAAGGUGCAGAGCUGUCAAUGA